AGGUUCCGGACCCCGACGACAAUCCCAAAACAAUAAUCUGAAAGUCUUUGUUUUUAUUAUUUCUUGGGUAAAAACGUUGACUUUCCUUCUCCCUCCUUCUUUAUGUAAACUUUAGCUGUGAAUUUUGGUAGCCUGAAAUCAUCAAUUCCAGUUUCUUGAGUUUUGCUCUAUGGCCACUGAACUGAAGUCUCAAGUGUACUUGAGUUUCAAAGCGAAAGACACCGGCAAAAUUUUUGCAGAUCACCUCUAUGAAGCUCUGGUGGGAGCAGGUUUUGUAACAUUAAGAAGCUGUGGUGAUGAAAAUGAGGGAGGUGAAGAUAUCAAGUUCAAUUUGCAAAAGGGUAUUAAAGAAUCUGGGGUUUCAGUUAUAAUCUUCUCAAAUGAUUACGUGUCCUCAAGUUGGUGUCUUGAUGAGUUGGUAAUGAUCUUGGAUUGUAAAAAGAUAGCAAAACGUGCAGUUCUGCCCAUAUUUUACCACGUGGAUCCUUCUGAUGUUAGGAAACAGAAGGGAAGAAUUGGAGAAGCAUUUGAUAUGGACAAAGAACUGGGAGGGAAUCAAGGUGAAAAUGAGAGGGUCAGAAAAUGGAGGGAAGCACUCAAAGAAGUUGCAGACUUGGGAGGAAUGGUCUUACAAAACCAAGCUGAUGGACACGAGUCCAAAUUCAUCCAGAAGAUUCUUAAAGUGGUUGAGAAUAAACUGAGCAGGCCAGUCCUGUAUAUUUGCCCUCAUCUGAUUGGAAUAGAACGGCGUGUUGAAAAGAUCAACUUGUGGCUAGAGGAUGGAUCUAUUGAUGUUGACACUCUUGUUAUUUGUGGCAUCGGUGGAAUAGGCAAGACAACAAUGGCAAAGUUUGUGUAUAAUUUGAACUUCAGUAAGUUUGAUGGUAGCAGCUUUUUGUCCAACAUUAGAGAAAAUUCAACACACCGUAAAGGUUUAGUUACUCUUCAAAGGCAAUUUCUUUCUGAUAUUUGCAAAAGAAAGAAGAAAGCUAUGUUUUCCGUGGACGAGGGAAUGACUGAGAUGAGAGAGGCUGUACAGUGUAAAAGAAUCCUUCUUGUUCUUGAUGAUGUAGAUAAUCGUGAUCAAGUGGAUGCUCUACUGGGAAUGAAGGACUUGUUAUAUCCUGGUAGUAAAGUCAUUGUGACAACUAGGAACAAGAGAUUGCUUAGGCCUUUUGAUGUGCAUAAGAUUUAUGAGUUUGAAGCAUUGAAUAGAGAUGAAUCGGUUGAGCUCUUAAGUUGGCAUGCAUUUGGUCAAGAUUGUCCUAUUAAAGGUUUUGAAAUGUGUUCAGAACAAGUAGCAAUCCAUUGUGGAGGACUUCCAUUAGCACUUGAAGUUCUUGGUGCUACUUUGGCAGGAAGAAACAUAGACAUUUGGAAAAGUACAAUACAGAAAUUGGAAACAAUUCCGAAUCAUCAAAUUCUCAGGAAAUUAACAAUAAGUUACGAAUCUCUUGAGGAUGAUCAUGAUAAGAAUUUAUUUCUCCACCUAGCUUGCUUUUUCAUUGGGAAGGACAGAGAUCUAGCAGUAGCUAUUCUCAAUAGGUGCAACUUUUACACUGUAAUUGGAAUUGAGAAUCUCAUUGACAGAAAUUUUAUAAAAGUUGGUAAGUCUAACAGCUUGAUUAUGCAUCAAAUGAUUCGAGAUAUGGGAAGAGACAUUGUUCGCCAAGAAUCACCACUGGAGCCUGGGAAACGCUCUAGACUAUGGCGUUCAAAGGAUUCCUUUAACGUCUUAAUCCAGAACCGUGCCACUCAAACAAUUCAAGGCAUUAUUCUUGACAUGGAUAUGCUCAAGGAAAGUGACAUAGUUAGCUCAAGCUUUUUCGCCAAGGAUUUCAAGAAACACAAAAUAAAAAACUUUCUCAACUAUCCUAAUCCUCAGAGAGUUCAAUUCAAACAGAAAAGGUUUGUUUUUUUCCCAUGGCAUUUGUCAGAUGCCAAAGAAGCCACAAAUGAGCUGGUUCUGGGAACUGAUGUAUUUGCAAAUAUGCAAAAGUUAAAACUGCUCCAAUUCGAUCACGUUGAGCUUCAAGGAUCUUUUGAUGUUUUUCCUAAGAGAUUAAGAUGGUUGCGCUGGUCUGAGCUGCAACUUGAGUGCAUGCCAAUUGAUUUUCCUCUGGAGAGCCUUGUAGUGAUUGAAUUACACCGUAGCAGCUUGAGGAGGAUUUGGCAUGGAGUCAAGUUCCUUAAAGAUCUGAAGAUUUUCGAUCUCAGCCAUUCCUACGAGCUUCUAAGAACACCUGAUUUUUCAGGACUCCCCAAUCUUGAAAAGUUGAUCCUUCGAUAUUGUACAAGCUUGAUUGAGCUUCAUGAGACCAUCGGGUGUCUAGAAUCACUUAUUCUUUUGAAUCUCAAAAAUUGCAAAAAUCUCCAGAGACUUCCAGAUAGCAUUUGCAUGCUAAAAUGUCUGGUGACACUAAAUAUCUCUGGUUGCUUGAAUCUUGAAUAUGUGCCGAUGGAUCUAGAUAAAAUGGAUUCACUGAGAGAGCUUUAUGCUGAUGAAAUUGCAGUUCACCAAAUGAUUUCUACUCCAGAAGAGGUCCAACCGUGGUAUGGAUUUCUGCGGUCCUGGAUGCUGAAGGGGAAAAUAUGUCCUAAAGUUUCACAUAUUAGUUUACCUAAUUCCUUGGUUACUCUGAGUCUUGCUAACUGUAAUCUAUCCAAUGAUGCUUUUCCAGUUGCUUUCAGUAGCCUCUCCUUAUUGCAAAACUUAGAUUUGAGCGAAAAUCCAAUUUGCUGCCUACCAAAGGGCAUAAUUUAUCUCACCGGUCUUCAGAAGCUUGAAGUGGAAGGCUGUGAAAAGCUCAGAUCGCUCGUAGGGCUUCCCAAUGUAGAACAUCUCAAUGUUACUAAUUGCUGGUCGUUAGAGAAAAUAUCAUAUCAAUCAAGAUCAUCUAGACUGAAGGAUUUACUUGUGUCGAAUUGUGCUAAAUUAGUUGAAAUAGAUGGAAAUUUCAAGUUAGAGCCCUUAAGAAAUACUGAGGCAGAGAUGCUUUGCAAGUUGGGCUUGUCGAACUUAGCUUCUAUGGAUAAUGUCAUGAUCAAUCUUACAUCUAAUAUCCUGAGUUACUACCGAAUACAUGGUAAAGGAUGGACUCCAACAAGGAAGACAAAGAAAGUUGUUCUUCAGGGGAGCCUUGGCAUAACGGGUUCAAGCCGUGGAAAUAACUUCUUGCAGAAAUGCAGGGUACUGUACCAACCAGGUGUCUUUAGCACUUUUCUGCCAGGUGAACAUGUACCUUCUUGGUUCAGCUCAAAAUACACAAAAGAAUCACAUACAUCCUUCAAAGUGCCUACUUGUACUUCCACGAUUGAAGGCUUGAGUUUUUGCAUUGUGUACAAGCGUUCCGUAUUUGGUCUAAGUGCUCAUCGUCCCCCGCGCCUAACUCCGCCUUCAAGAAUAGCUCCUCUUGCCAUGCACAAAGCUCAAAGAGGACCCAUUCGGUAUCGGCCAGUGGAAAAUAAACCAUAUGAAUCAACCUUUGACUGCCCGUGCAUUACUGUUAAUAACUUAACUCGGAGUGUGAAAUGGUCUUACCAGCCCUUGUUCUAUGGAGUUCCGGAAGGGAAAGAAGGAAUGAUGUGGUUAAGCCAUUGGAAACUUGAGAAUCAGUUGGGCAGUGAUGAUAUACUGGAGAUCACAGUUACCUCAGGAGAUGGAAUCAGAAUUGUGGAGUUUGGGCUCAAAAUUCUGCAUGUUGAAGGGCCAAAUGUGCAAAUAGGAGAACCAAGUUGUGAAGAUGCAAGGGGAGAGAAAGAUAUUGUCAAUCCAUUUUGGGAUGUUGUUUUAAAAGAUGCUAGUUCAAAGAAUACUUGUUCUGUUCGGCUUCCUCCUACAUAUCGUCCCCUACGUGUUGCUCGUGAGCCAUUUCUGGAGAAGGCGCUGAAAAGAAAUAUGUCAGACUAUAACUAGGAAACUUAUCAAGCAGCAAUUACAUUUAAUGUAUGCCACCCUCAAAAUACAUUUCAGAAUAACAGAUAUGUCUGUCUCUAGCUAUUAUGAUUUUGAGUGUUAAAUUUGAAGGCUUUUAGUUGGACUUUUCUAGCAUAUUUAUCUUAUCAGGUUUUAAAGCUUGACCUCAA